AUGACCUUGAAGCGACAGAUGAGUGAUUCAUUGUCAGCAGCUCGAAGUUUCUUCGAUUUGUUCGAUCGAAUAUCAGCCAUCGACAAUAAUUCUACGGCUGGUCAACAAUUGAAUGAUUUCAAAGGUGAGAUUCAAUUUGAUCAAAUCAAAUUUGCAUAUGCAUCUCGACCGACAUCCUAUAUUCUGAAUAGAUUUCAAUUGAUUAUCAAACCUGGUCAACGUAUAGCUCUAAUAGGUGCAUCUGGUUGUGGCAAAUCGACAGUCAUUCAACUCUUAGAACGAUUCUACGAUCCCGUACAAGGUCGAAUCUGUCUCGAUGGUGUUGACAUUCGACAACUGAAUAUCCAAUGGCUUCGCUCAUGUCUUGGUCUUGUGAGUCAAGAGCCUAUCUUAUUUGAUUUGACUAUUGCUCAGAACAUAGCAUAUGGUAGAGAGAAGACUUCGAUUGAAGAUAUUAUCGAUGCGGCCACUAAAGCUAACAUUCAUGACUUCAUUCAACGGUUACCUCAAGUGAGUAAAGAAUAA